AUGUCCCGUGAAAUCGACAGACUCCCCCAGCCAUGCAGUAGAAGGAAAACCAAGCUCAUCAUUGCCAGCUGUAGCAGAACAGGCACCCUGGGCCUCUACUCCGCCCUCAAGAUCUUGGGCUACCACCCCUACCACAUGGUGGAACUGGUUCUUAACGGGGGCGUCACCCACAUGAAGUUGAUGAUUGAGAACGUCGUCGCAAAUCGCAACCGCCUAUCAGGCAUCAAGCGCUAUAACCGCGGAGACGUCGAGAAGUGGCUGGCUGAUUACGAUUGCCUGAUAGAAAUUCCGUCGUACCUCGGAACAGAUGUCCUCGAAGAGUACGCCACAGACCCAGACGUCCAGUUCAUCCUGACCGAGCGCGACCCGGGCGCGUGGGCGCGCUCGGUCAACAACACGGCGGGGAGGAUUGUGACGAUGGCGGCUACGUUCCCGUCCAGCGUGCUGAAGCAUUUCAAUAGGAGCUUGGGUGUUUUUUUCCAUCUCAAUGAGCUGGUGUACUGGGCCUUCUCGGAAGCGACGAACAUGGAUAACCCGGAUAAUGAGGCUUGCCUGCGCAGGUCCUAUAUCGAGUAG